AUGUCCCAAACCCCCAACACCGACUCCGACACACCCACACCAACCAUGACCACCCCCCGCCGCCUCCUCUUCAUAGCCUCAAUAGGCAACAAAGCCCCAUACCGCAAAACCCGGCAUAGCGCAGGCCACCUGGUCCUCGACGCCGUAAAACCUCUCCUCACGCCCUCCCUCCCCAACACCGGCGCCUUCCACGAAACCUGGUACAGCCCAACAUACAUGAAUGAGUCAGGGCCGAAACUCGUCCGCCAAAUGGAGAAGUGGUCGACGCGCCAGAACGAACUUUGCACGAAAGCAUACUCCGAAGGCUCUUCCACGCCUUACCCGACUACGCUGGUGAUUCUACAUGACGAAAUGGAGGCGCCGCUGGGCAAGUUGCGGGUUAGGCGCGGGGGUCCUGAGUCAUUUAGUUUGCGCGGGCAUCGCGGGCUCAUUAGCGUUUGUGAGACGUUGCGUGGGAAGGGACUUUAUCCUGCUCGGGGGAAACCGGCUGUGGAUUUGAGUAUUUUGCGCAUUGGGGUGGGCAUUGGGAGGCCGGACUCGAGGGAGAAAGGGGCGGUUUCGGAUUAUGUGCUUGCGCCGGUGAAUGAGGCGGAAAUGAAGGCCUAUCAUGGUACGGCGGAGAGUGUGGUUCAGAUUAUUGGGGAGGAAUUGUAUAGAUGA